UCUGAUAUGGAUGUGGAGAACCAGACACGGGUCACCAAGUUCAUUCUGGUGGGGUUUCCCGGGAGCUUGAGCAUGCGAGCAGCAGUAUUCCUGAUGUUUCUUGUGGCCUAUAUUCUGACCGUAGCCGAAAACGUGAUCAUCAUCCUACUGGUGCAGCAGAACCGGACAUUGCACAAGCCUAUGUACUUCUUCCUGGCCAACCUGUCUUUCUUGGAGACCUGGUACAUCUCUGUGACUGUGCCCAAGCUGCUCUUCAGUUUCUGGUCCAUGAGUAACAGCAUCUCCUUCACCCACUGUAUGAUACAGCUUUACUUCUUCAUUGCCCUCAUGUGUACGGAGUGUGUCCUCCUGGCUGCCAUGGCCUAUGACCGCUACGUGGCCAUUUGCCGCCCGCUGCACUACCCCACCGUCAUGAGCCAUGGGCUCUGUUUCCGCCUGGCCCUUGGUUCCUGGGUCAUUGGCUUUGGCAUCUCUUUGGCAAAGAUCUACUUCAUCUCCCGCCUCAGUUUCUGUGGCCCCAAUGUCAUCAACCACUUCUUCUGCGACAUCUCCCCAGUGCUCAAUCUCUCCUGCACAGACAUGUCUGUUGCAGAGCUGGUGGACUUUGUCUUGGCUCUGAUCAUCUUCCUCUUCCCGCUGUCGAUAACCGUACUGUCGUACGGCUGCAUUCUGACCACCGUGUUGCGAAUGCCGACAGGAAAGCAGAAAGCCCUCUCCACCUGUGCUUCCCACUUUGUGGUGGUCACCAUCUUCUACUCAGCCACUAUUUUCAUGUAUGCCCGGCCCCGAGCUAUUCACGCCUUCAACAUGAACAAAGUCAUUUCCAUCUUCUAUGCCAUCGUCACCCCGGCCUUCAAUCCCUUCAUCUAUUGCCUAAGGAAUCGGGAGGUCAAAGAAGCUCUGAAGAAAUUGAUCUAUUGCCAGGCUAUUAGAACUGACUAAUCUGUCACGACUGAUUGGAAAGAAAAGACUGUCUUCUCUGUUUUUCUAUCCAUUCUCUUUCAAUGUCCCAGCUCAAGAUUGAUGAUGUCACCCUUUCCACACUGGUCUUGGGCGUCUGUACAUAUUUAUGCAUGAGAACUGUGCUCUGAGGACAUACACACUAUGUAGAUAUCUAUAAAAUAUAAUUCACUUUGAAUCUAAUCCAACAUGGAGUUUAUAAGAUUGUAGAUAAUUAAGCUAAACAAAGUGUGGUGUGGUAUUGUGUGGCUUGGCCUAAUUUGGGUCCUGUAAGCAUGAACAAUUCUGACGUUAAUGAUUCUGUGGCAUCCUUGCUUUCCCACUAACAUUACUGACAGAGGAAGCAGCUUCAUCAACAAUCCCAUUAUCUACGUGCUUGGGAUCAGUGUUGGUGUCAGAGGCUAAAAGGCUGAUCCUCAGAUCCUUCCAAACCCUUUUCUAGCACCUUUUCUUGAACCUUCAAAACCUUUUCUUGAACGCUACCUUUCUGCAGGAGAGUGAUUUUUUAAAAUCUAUGUGUGAACUGGCAUUACACAAUCAUAUAUUUUCAGUCUGAUACAAUUUAUGUAAUUGCCUUUCCUUGAAGUCCAUUUUUCCCUUCAGAACAUUUGCUUAUAUCUUCUGAUU